AUGUGCCUCCAGACUUAUAACAUGUGGACUAUGUGCAACUGCAUUCAACUCGGACGAAUUGAACGUUGUAAAGAGUUCGGUGUACCAUUUUUCCAACGAGAGAGAUGUACAGGACUUAUUUUACGAGCCAUCAAUAUUGGCAUCAUUGGAAUUCCCGAAGAGCAGCUUUAUGAAAAGGCAGGAAUGUGCUCGGAGUGCUCGGAGAAGCUGUAUCAAGAGAUGUGGAGGCUUCGUUGGAGAUGGACGUCUCGUGAGAGUGAAGAGUGGGCGGCGAAGCAGGAAAGCGAGAAGAAAUAA